GAGGCGGCGGAGCGCAGCAUCAUGGCGGACCGAGACAGCGGCAGCGAGCAGGGUGGUGCGGCGCUGGGCUCGGGCGGCUCCCUGGGGCACCCGGGCUCAGGCUCGGGCUCCGGCGGGGGCGGUGGUGGCGGCGGGGGCGGCGGCGGCAGUGGCGGCGGCGGAGGGGCCCCGGGGGGGCUGCAGCAUGAGACGCAGGAGCUGGCCUCCAAGCGGGUGGACAUCCAGAACAAGCGCUUCUACCUGGACGUGAAGCAGAACGCCAAGGGCCGCUUCCUGAAGAUCGCUGAGGUGGGCGCGGGCGGCAACAAGAGCCGCCUCACUCUCUCCAUGUCAGUGGCCGUGGAGUUCCGCGACUACCUGGGCGACUUCAUCGAGCACUACGCACAGCUGGGCCCUAGCCAGCCACCCGACCUGGCCCAGGCGCAGGACGAGCCGCGCCGGGCGCUCAAGAGUGAGUUCCUGGUGCGUGAGAACCGCAAGUACUACAUGGAUCUCAAGGAGAACCAGCGCGGCCGCUUCCUGCGCAUCCGCCAGACGGUCAAUCGGGGGCCCGGCCUGGGCUCCACGCAGGGCCAGACCAUUGCGCUGCCCGCACAGGGGCUCAUCGAGUUCCGUGACGCUCUGGCCAAGCUCAUCGACGACUACGGAGUGGAGGAGGAGCCGGCCGAGCUGCCCGAGGGCACCUCCUUGACUGUGGACAACAAGCGCUUCUUCUUCGAUGUGGGCUCCAACAAGUACGGUGUGUUUAUGCGAGUGAGCGAGGUGAAGCCCACCUACCGCAACUCCAUCACCGUGCCCUACAAGGUGUGGGCCAAGUUCGGACACACCUUCUGCAAAUACUCGGAGGAGAUGAAGAAGAUUCAAGAGAAGCAGAGGGAAAAGCGAGCUGCUUGUGAGCAACUCCACCAGCAGCAGCAGCAACAACAGGAGGAGACCGCCGCUGCCACCCUGCUACUGCAGGGUGAGGAAGAAGGGGAAGAAGAUUGAUCAGACUUAAUGGAAAAAAAAAACCCACACACAUGCAUACACACACAGCCACACACACAGAAAAUAUACUGUAAAGAAAGAGAGAAAAUAAAAAGUUAAAAAAGUUAAAAAAAAAACUUAACUCCAAGGGAGCACCACCCACAGAACCUCCACCAACUGACAGUUUCUCUUCUUGACUUGCCACCCAUCGCUGGAUGUUGUCCACUUUAUCCACCAUAUAAAACAGUAAGCAGCUGCUAAAACAAAAAACAAAAAAUAGAAAAAGUAAUAACAUUAUAUGAACUGUGUUUCCUACUUGAUUAAAAAAUAUAAAGAACUGAGUGUUUAUUUCCCUAAUUAACCAAGAACUUUUGUACACGUUUAAGCUAUUAUUAUUAAAAGUGUUUGCAAAAUGGUCAAGAUUAUAAUAUUGCUGAAUUAUAUAAAAGUCCUUUUCAUGUUGAGCUAACAUUUGACUUUAGCACAAAAAAAAGAGAUAUUUUAGAACACGUAAAAUAAUAUUUUUAGUUUUUCUCAUUUUGUUACCAAAUUUCAAACCUUACAUGGAGGUUAUUAUAGUAUAUUUGACACCCUAUAUACCUGUGAUUAGAGAUGUGUAUAUAUAUGAGGGCUAGGCAUGCCGUGUGUCUGAGCUUUGUCUAAAUGUUAUGCAGAAGUUUGUAGAGUUAAAGGUACGUAGGUUUAAUUCAUGCAAGGUAAAAAAUAAGUGCUCUCUUUUAUACAAUAUGCAUUGCAUCUGGACCUUAAACAUAUAAAAAUGGUCAGUGAAACUUCUGUGAACAUGAAGAAAUUAUUAAAAAAGGCAUUUAAAUGAAAUUUGCUAAGUUGUGAUUUUUACGGUUGGAACCAAAGUUAUUCAAAUAGCAAAAGGAAAAAGAAAGAGAGAAAAAGGAAAUCUCCCAUAAUAUUUUUCUGCAUCUGUUUGCUUUGACUGAGUAGGCGUUUUGUCAUUAUUGUGUAUAUGAGAUGUACUUGUAUCGUUCAUAAUAUAUUUUUUUUAUGUGUAGAAGGAUUUUAAAAACUUAACCUACGUGCAGCAAUUUCCAGUGAACCUGUACUUGGACAUCAGGUAGUGAGUCUAUUUGUGGUCACUAGCACUGUCUCCUAAACUUGUAAGAGGUCCGAAGCUAUCCUUUGGUUUUCGCCAGUGCUAUUAACUUAUAUAGACCUGUUAAAAGCAGAGCAACACAAUUACAGUUAUCCUACUGAGCCAUGGAUUCUGAGUUUCAUUUUAAAAAAGAAAGUCAAGUUAAGUUGGUGUAUGUAAAGGAUUUCCAUGUAGCUGUGGUGCUAGUUAUUACUGGCUACAUUAUAUGCUAAGUGUAUUUGUGUUCCCCAAGUGUACAAGCCUUCUAUCAAAAGUAUGUUCUAUAAUUCAUAUAUUCAAGGUGUUAGGGUAUGAAAAUGGAAAGCUUAGGAGAGCACUUUACCAAGCUGGUGUCCUCCAAACUGAAAUUGUUUGUAAUGAUAGUCUUUUACAGGUUUUCAUUUAAAAAUGUUUGUGUGCUUUUAAUUGACAACUAACUUCUUGCUGCUGUAUAGUAAAAUAUUAAUAUAUUUUUAUCAUUAAACUGCUGCAUGACUAUCAUCUUUGAGUGAAGAGAAAAUGUUAUAAAAAAAGAUGCCUUAAACAGUACAAUUUGGUUUGGAAUUCUGUAGAAAGUAUUUUGGUUAAAAAAAAAAAGAUCUUGUCUGCAGAGAGAGUUCUGGGGAUGGAAUUGUUUCUUGGCAAAUCCAGACAUAUAGAUCUAACUGCUGUAUGUAGGAGACAUCACCUGUAGGAGCUGGAAGGUGUCAGUGCUUCUCAUAUUGUAAAGCAUUGGCCUAGGAAGGUGAAACAGUUGUCUUUUUGAAGGAUUUUUUUUUCUGCUGGUUCUUUGGGUUUGAUUUGAUAUUUUUAAGCUCCCUGGUUGAGUGUGUUGUCUUUGUUUUUUAGAUCUACUGUAUGUGUUGAAUAACAAGCUAUUUCCAUUGUACUGUGCAUUUUCCCAUUAAAUUGUUUGUUUUUAAUACUCAUACAAUGUUAAAUAUGAGGUGACCGUACAAUAGUUAGGAGUUUCUUUACAAAAUCACUGGAAAUGAUUAAAUUGCUUUCCCCCUUUCCCCAAGGUGCAUUUUUCUUAUUUCCAUAUAGUAAAGUUGAGCUUUUACAGUGCAUAAUGUGACAUUUGGAAUGCUUAUCGACUGCAUGUAAACAUUAAUAACCUGCACUUUUUUUGUCUUAAGAUUUGUUGAGCUGUUUUGUUCACCGUACUUUAACUGUGAUAUGGAAAAGACUGCAUUCUCUGUGCUGUUACUAGUUAGGAAAGAGAAUUGCUUUGAUUUUGUCUCUUGUUUACUAUAGCUUCUUAAAGUUAUGCCUUGUACUACAGGUUGUUGGAAUACUCCUAGAUCAGUGUUUCAUAGUAGCCAGCAAUAAGUAGUGCAGGUCAACAAAAACACAGCAAACUUAGGCAAAGUGUCCUUUCUUUGAGAUGUGAGUUCUUUAAUGAGGUUUUCUUUAGGGUCAGAGGUACCUAAAGUGAAGCCUUUCUUACCUAUAGACUUCAGAUUCUGCUUGGAAUCCUACCGGAUCAAGAAGCACAUGUAUUGUGCAAUUGUCUUUACACUAUAACAGUUAAACACAAUCUUACUAAGAUUUUGAAACCAUUGUCUGAUUUAUGGUCAGUGGGUUUAAAAACAAAUCCACAUGCAGAUCUUUUAAGACUUAAGAGAUGAUCAUAGAAAAGACUAAAGUGACUGUAAAGAUGCUCUUUUUUGCAUCUCACUUUACCUCCCCAAGCACCCUCCCAAACCUUUUCCCUUCUCCCCUCUACUAUUUCAUCUUUUCCCCACCCUUCCCCCAGGUGCUCGGUACUUUACCAAGGUCUAUAUUUCAGUGUUUUAUGUUGGAGUUUUUCCUUGUUUUUAUUUUACUAGUUGGUAAACUCUGUGCUGAAACAAAAAAAGGAAAUGGUUGGUAUAUUUGACCAUAUGUGUUAUUCAUAAAAGACAGUAUGAUCAAAUGUGCCAAAAAACAAACAAACAAAACUUAAUUCCCGACAAGUAUGCCUUAUUUUUAAUGAUCUGCUUUGUCUUACAAUUAAGGUCCAAGAGCUUGGUUAAACUAUUAUUUGCCUAAGUAUAAAGGAAAACUUGAAAUGCAUUGCAAUAUUGACAUUCUUUAAAAUGAGAGACACUGUCAAGUAAUUUAAUCUAGAGAUCAGCCACCAGAUUUAAAAUGCCCAUAUGUGUGUGUGUGUGUUUGGUGUUGUUUGUUUUUCUUUUAAAUCACCAAAUCUUUUUUUAAGCUACUUUUUAUUUGUGCCUCCUAUUUAUCAUGCUGAUGUUAGAAGCAGUAGUCAUCCAGCCACAGAGGGAGCUAAAGUUAACUAACCAGAACUGUAGAAAUCAUUAUACAUGCCUUUGACAACAAAGGAAGUUUAUAAGAAAAGCCAUGUCGGCUUUUCCUCCACUAGAUAAAGAUUGGAGGUAAAUGAAUAUUUGCCAAAUGGAAAAAACAAUAAUACAAGUCAGGAAAGACAGACUUUUCCAGCUUCUCAAAAGCCAUGGAGAGUAGAAACCAAAACAAACAGGGAAAAUAAAAAACCUUGAAAGUCUCACUUUCUAGCUGUCCCAUGCAGGGUUCGAAAUUUGACUCAAAGUGGAAAAUAUAUCAGUGUGUUUUGUAGGUCUUCAUAUCUACAGAUGGAUAACUAUUCCAAUUUGGUUUUUCAGGUAAUGGAGAAAGCUGCUAGUAAUUUUAACCCCUGCCUAAAGAAGACAGAUAAUUUCAUUUGGGAGCAAAUACUUAUUGCCUUGAAAAAUAGCACUGUAAUAGCCUAUGAAAAUUAGUUGUAGAAUAACUUUUAUCCCUUUUAAACUAUGCAAAUUAUUAAACAAGUGUAAAUUAGGACUCAAAGAUAGUUGAUUAUAUUGCAAUCAGAUGGCAUUCACAAACUUAACUGGAGCAUAUACAAAUAAAAUCUAUUAGUCUAAGAGUUUUGUAUGCUAACAGAAAAAUAUAAUUUAGCUACCUAUUCUAAAAAUGGUGAAUAUUAUUAAUAUUGUACAAUAGGACUGGGAAGACUGCCUCCUUUUUUGAAGAGAGAUUAAGGAUUUUUAUAAUUGUUUUUCAUCAAAUUUUAAUAUUUUUGUCAAAUUUUUAGGUAUUUAAUUUGUAAAACAGUUUGCUUUGUACUGGCAUACAGAAAAUAGGGUAUUGAUUUUAAACUUUUUGAAGCCAAGUGAUCAAGUACAUUUGUAAUAAAAGUCAAUGGAUCUAUAUCA